CUUAGGCAAGAAGAAAGCAGAGCAAGCAAGAAAGCUAAAAAGCCUGCUCUUUUCUCUGACCAUUCCUCUUCCUUCUCUUCCGGAUUCUCAGCAAUUUUCCUUCUCCAAAAAGAUCAAAAUCAAAUCCAUUAAAAGUCAAAAUACCCCAUUUAAUCCCUUCCCCCCGACUUCUUGUUCGCCAUUACCAUUGCUUGUGAAAAAACCCUCUUCUUCCUUUUUUCUCUUUGCUUUUGUAACCCACGAGAGACUUUGUAUCGACCCUUUUUCUUUCUGAACCACUACUUUCCUAUGGAUUUCUGUUUCUAGACAUUCCCAUCUCUCUCUCUGAUACACAGACAACACAAUGGCAAACAAAUGGAAGAAGGUGAAAAUGGCGAUUGGGAAUGGUAUGUGUCUUCAUCUUCCUCAAGUCGCUGGGGAUUCCACUCCCUCUACUACCCUUCCUCCAACUUCCUCUUCUCAGUCCCUUUCUCCUUUGCCUCCUACUUCCAAUUGCCGCCAAUCCACACCAACCCAUUCCUUCUCCAGUCCCCGCGUUUCCAAAUCCGGAUCAAGGUCUUCUAAGAGGACCUGUGCAAUAUGCUUGACCACCAUGAAAGCAGGGAAUGGCCAUGCUAUUUUCACUGCAGAGUGCUCUCAUUCUUUCCACUUCCAAUGCAUUACCUCAAAUGUAAAGCAUGGGAACCAAAUUUGCCCUGUUUGCAGAGCAAAAUGGAAAGAAAUCCCUUUUCAGAAUACCAGUUCUGAUUGUGCUAGGCCUAGAACCAACCCGGUUGGCUUGGCCCCAGACAAUCAAUGGAUGACAAUUGUUCAACGGAUGCCUCCUCCUCGCACCGAUACAACUAGGCAAAUCUCCUCGCUUUUUCAUGGCCCUGAACCAGUAGCUUAUGAUGAUGAUGAAGUUUUAGAUCAACAACCUCUUGCCACCGAGAGAAACACAUCAAAUGAUGGUGCCAGUGUUCAUAGUUGCACUGAUAAAGUAGAGGUCAAAACGUACCCGGAAAUUUCAGCCGUUCCAAGAUCAGUUUCUCAUGAUUAUUUCUCUGUGUUAGUCCAUGUCAAGGCUCCUCUCUCCAUUGCAAUGGUAAAUAACUCCAGAAACCAGGCUGCAUUGCCUCCAUCGAAUCAACCUUCUCGUGCACCAGUUGACCUUGUAACUGUGCUUGAUGUUAGCGGCAGUAUGGCAGGUACCAAACUUGCACUGCUCAAACGUGCUAUGGGUUUUGUGAUCCAGAAUCUUGGCCCUUCUGACCGACUUUCUGUCAUAUCAUUCUCCUCGACUGCUCGUCGCCUUUUCCCGCUUUGUCGAAUGACUGACCAUGGACGACAGCAGGCAUUGCAGGCUGUUAAUUCUCUAAAAUCAAACGGUGGGACAAACAUUGCUGAAGGCUUGAGGAAAGGUGCCAAGGUGUUGGUAGACCGCAAAUUGAAGAACUCUGUUGCUAGCAUUAUACUGCUCUCUGAUGGGCAGGAUACAUAUACUUUUAAUGGUCCUAGCAGUGCUCGUCCUCAAAUAGAUUAUCAGUCCCUCCUUCCAGUUUCAAUCCAUCGCAAUAACCAAUCUGGAAUGCAGCAGAUUCCGGUUCAUACGUUUGGAUUUGGCAUCGACCAUGACGCUGUGGCAAUGCACAUGAUUUCCGACACAUCGGGUGGCACAUUUUCGUUCAUAGAAACUGAAAGCACCAUCCAAGAUGCAUUUGCUCAGUGCAUUGGUGGCCUGUUGAGCGUGGUGGUGCAGGAUCUGCAGGUUGAAGUGAGAUGCAUUCACCCAAGUUUGCAGCUUGGUUCAAUACAAGCAGGAAGUUACCAAGCCAGCAUCACUGAACAUGCAAGACUAGGCUCCAUUUACUUUGGAGACUUGUAUGCAGAAGAAGAGAGGGAUUUUCUGUUGACACUCAACAUUCCAGUUGAUGAAUUCGGAGGUGAGAUGCCAUUGCUCAAGGUUAAAUGCGUCUACAAGGACCCCAUUACCAAAGAGCCAAUCACUUUAGCAAAUGAAAGUGAGGUUCAAAUACAAAGGCCAGAUAGAGUAGGCGAACAAGUAGUGUCAUUGGAAGUAGACAGACAGCGAAAUAGAUUCCGAGCGGCGGAGGCAAUAUCAGAGGCUAGAGUUGCUGCCGAGCGCGGGGAUUUAACCGGUGCAGUGUCUGUGUUGGACAAUUGUUACAAAACUGUGUCUGAAUCAGCAUCUGCUCGAGCUGGUGACCAAUUAUGUGCUGCUCUUUGCGCUGAGCUGAAGGAAAUGCAGGAGAGAAUGGCGACUCGCCAUGUCUACGAGUCCUCUGGACGAGCUUAUGUGCUGUCAGGAUUGAGCUCGCAUUCAUGGCAGAGAGCAACUGCAAGAGGGGACUCAGUGGAUAUGGGAAGCGCAGUGCAGAGUUAUCAAACGCAGUCAAUGGUUGACAUGGUGUCUCGUUCUCAGACCAUGAUAUUGGGGCCACCGCCAUCUCAAAGAACACUUCGUCCGACUCAUUCUUUUCCGGUCAGAGCACUGCAACUGCCACCACCGCGGUAAAUUGUAGUGAAUGAUAAGGUGAAGCUGAACUUAGCUCAAAAGGCCCCUGCAAUUACAACCCAAUGUUUUGCUUUUUUCUUCACGGUUCUAAGCAGAUUACUAUAUAUAUUUUUUGGCAUUUUACUUGGGGUGGGAAUUGAGAUAAAAUUAGUUUAGAGAAAUGAUAUUGAUUUAUUUGAUUUUAUAUUGUUGUUAGGCUUUUGAUUCACAUGGAAGGGUGGGGGGUGGAAUGUUAUUUGGCUUAGAAAAAAAAGGCAGAAUAAGGCAUGAUGAAAGUGCCAUAAUGGAAGCUAUAUAUAUAUAUAGAAUAGUGUGGGAAAACAAAAUCUCAGAAUAGUUUCUUUUUCUUUUUGGAAAGAUCAAUUAUUAUGUAAAAAGAAAAGAAAAUUAAAAUGAUGAGUGUGCAGAAUAGUUGUUCAGAUUGAAGUUUGCUUUGGUAUAUAAACAUGGU